AGUGACGUGAUCUCGACAUUGAACUCAGUUCCGGUGAGUGCAGCUCGCGGAGAGAGACGGAGGACGGCCGUGAGGGAGUGGGAGGAGAGCGGCUUUGCGAGUGGAGCAGCAGCACCAGCAGCAGUAGCAGCAGCAGCAGGAGGCUCUAGCGACGGUGCCGUGACGCGGAGCCGAUCGAGCGGAGCCGACUGUGAGCCACCAUGAGCCUCCAGUGGACGGCCGUGGCGUCGUUCCUCUACUUCGAGGUCUUCAUCAUCAUCGUCCUGUGCCUCCCGUUCAUCUCUCCCACACGAUGGCAGAAGAUAUUCCGGUCGCGCAUGCUCACGAUCGUGGUGAACUACGCUAACUUCUACUUCAACGUCUUCAUCCUCGUGCUCGUGCUCCUGUUCAUCGACGGAUGGCGCGAGUCGCGCAAGUACUCGACCAGCGACAACGUGGACCUCAAGAACAACCCCAUGGCCAUCGACCACGUCAACAUGAAGCUCUUCCGCGCGCAGCGCAACCUCUACAUCUCCGGCUUCGCGCUGCUGCUCUGGUUCGUCCUGCGCCGUCUCGUGAUCCUCAUCUCGCAGCAGGCCACGCUGGUGGCCACCAACGAGGCCUUCAAGAAGCAGGCGGAGGGUGCGAGCGACGCGGCCAGGAAGUUCAUGGACGAGAACGAGAAGCUGAAACAGGCUCUCGAAGAGUCGGGCGCGGGAGAUGGCGUGCUCAAACUGGCGGACGAGAAAGAAAAACUUUCCAGGGAGCUCAAAGAGGCCAAGGAGAAUUUGGACAAAGCGAAGAAAGGGCUGGUUCGCUCCGAGAACGAGUGCAGGGCGAUGAAGUCGCAGGCGGAGGGCGUGGCGACGGAGUACGACCGCCUGCUGGAGGAACACGCUCAACUGCAGAAGCAGCUGGAAGGAUCUCCGAGCAAGAAGGACGAGUAGAAGCCACGUGGAGGCUGUGCAGGCCCCGUCGUCCGCCUCCGUGCGGUGUGUUGUCAUGGUGGCUAAUUGCCAGGGUCAGUGAAAAUCAACAUUAGCUCAGUCAUGUUUUCAUUGUGCUUAAUUUGCUUUUUCAUAUGUUCCUAAUUUGCUCAUUGUUGCUAGUUUUCAGUGCGGGUGGCUGUGUGGAAAUCUGUCCACUGACGUGUGUAACGAAGUCGUUCACUGUUAUUUUUGGAGGCAAUUAAACCCCUUUUUUCUUUUGCAUGAAAACAAAACUCUCUUGCAAGAUGUGCGUGGGUAGAUGACCGCAGCGUUGGGAAAAGCGCCGAGUGCCACCGUGAACAUGAAACACCACGUGCCUCUCCCACAUGCGCGUCGUGAUCAGAUUCUGUUUAGGGGGGGGUAGUUAUCACCGCCAAGUUGCAGAGACAAUUUGAACGUUUGCAUUUUGCAAAUGGGAUAUGAUCUCAAGCGACAAACGCCCAGUUAUAUGUGAAGAAAAUGUAAUAGAAUUGGUACAUGUGUUUACACGCACAGCUUAGUGCAGCAGGCGAUAUUAUGAGCGCCGUUUCACGCAAUGUGUCGAAUCUCGUCUCGUGUCGGGGAGAUGCUUAAAUGACCCCGUUAGAUUAUACCCUGUUUUAUUUUCAUUGACCCUGGCGGCUAUCAUGUACAAUAUCAUCGUUGAGCUCCACAAAAGCUUUUGACUCUCUACGGCUGAACAUUCUGAAGACCUGCGAUCUUGUUAGCUGUCGUAACCCACAGCAUGUCUGAAAACCCCGUGUGCUUGUAAAGACUCGCUUGUGAUUGGCUGUGGCUCCCCUCGGAGGAGCGUCAUGCCGGUUUUACCACAACUCUUCAUUGCUUAGCGCCAGAUGUUGUAAAGCGACGACACCUGACAUUCAAGGUUCCUGAGUCCACUGACCCCAAGGUGCCGCUCGCUGUCCGUCCCCUGUUUACGGAUCCUUCCCAUUAAAAAAAACCUCCUAUUCCCCAUGACCGCUGCAAUAUUGUGCUGCCACAGUUUGUGCCCUCGUACAUUAGAUGAGCCUUCUUUUUUGUCGCUAAACCAAAGCGGGGAAUGUCCCUGUACGGGUGCCGCUCUUUCAAGCCACGCGAAUGCCGACUCGAUAGCAAAGUAGAGCAGCGCUUGCAUGCAGGGUUUUGUUUUUGAUGGCCGAUUGCUGCGGUAGUCAACGUUACGCAGUGGAAACCAGUCGUUGUGCCCAUUGCUGAUGGUAUAAACUGUAUCGCGCAACACGUGUGUGUGGGUGUGCUUAUUGUAAGAAGUCUCUGGGGACGAUCGGAGUGGCCUCGGCAGUUCCACUGACCACUCUAACCUGUGUUCCUCUGUGGACGCUGUCACGUUUUGCCAAGGUAGCCAAAUUCAAAAGUUCGAUUCAAAGAUAGACAUAAUCCGUUUGAUGAACAUAAAUUCCAGUUAUUUGAAUUACACGUUUUUUUUUAUUAAAACGUUAAAUCACGUGGGGGAAUCCAUGAGACAUCACUGAUCAGCGAUCGUCCUGUCUAUGGUAGGAAAUGUGAAGUGCUUCUCGUCAUUGUAAAUCGUCGCACACAUGGAUUGAGGCGCAAACACCACCCCAUGGUCCUCCACCACGGAUAACAGAACUAUUCGGUCCGGCAUCAGGAACCACCACACAUUCUUGCGUCGCGAUAAUCUACAGCAGAGGCAGCAGGGUUAUGCAUACUUUGGAAAACUACGCAUGCUGAAUUUCACCUUGAUAUCAUAGGUAAUGUGGCGUAACAACCAUUGCAUUGUGGGUAACGGCCAUGCCAGCAUGUUAUCACUGUAUCUACAAGAGCUGAGGGAGAGGCCUGUGUCCCGACAUAACAACGAGUCACCUCAUUGGAGCCGAAUUUCUUGACAUGAAUGUGCAAUGACCUCGGGUCGUCAUCGAUGUCCCGAGGAAAUGCCUCCCCACUCGUGAAACCGCUCGUUUACAGGACGCGUUGAUUCGUUGUGACUAGAACGUAACUUUCCCCACGAUUGAUGCUCUAACCGGGGAAACGUGGAGGAUACUGUGACCUGUGACUGGUGCGGCUUCUCUCCAGAUAUGUCUGAAUCAUCCCAGAAAUCUCUCGCGAUUCCUCCCGACUUGAGAUUUCGACAUUUAUUUCUUUAUGUAGUGCACAAGGUGGUUUCAAACACCGAUACGACUUCGCGGCUGACACAUUGCCGUCCAAUUGGUGAACCAUGAGUAAUGACGAGGUGCAGACGUGUAUUUGUCGUUGAACGAUUUUGUAGGACCACUCGUGUCAAGCCCCACAGACUUGUCGCUCACCUCUCGUAGGUACCAACACAGCCAACACUGAGGUUUGUGUUUUGUUAUCAUGAUCCACGUUUUGAUGUGUGCAGUGUUAGCGGUUGAACUUUGUACAUUUUGUUGCUUGUAUUUUGGUGACUUCAAAUGUUUCUGGGGGGAACUUUAAGCUUGAUCUAUAUACAUUAAAACAAAAGUUUAUUUGUUUAAUGCGGUUUUGUCUUCGGCAGUUUUCAAUACCGAGGCGAAACAAUAAACGUAUAAAAAAAAUCCGUCAACGUUUGUAUGCCCGCUGUUCCAAAUGAAAAGUCUGAAUGUAUCCAGUGUUACUGUCGGCAAUACCAGUAACUGUGGCAA